CCCAAUUGCAUACAUUACACCGUUGAACUGUGUUAAAACUCAGCUAUUUAUAGACUUACUGAAAGAUGCUCUAAACGAAUACUCGUAUAACGCUGAAAUUGCAGGCUUAAGUUAUAGCCUUGAUACUGAACAAGAAGGACUGUUAUUAUCGGUUGAUGGUUAUAAUGACAAAUUACAGGUUUUGUUGGAGAAAAUCGUGAUUAAAAUGAAAAAUUUUGAAGUUGAUCCCCAAAGGUUCUUAUUAAUCAAAGAGCAACUUCAGAGGUACUAUAAAAAUGCUCUAUUCGAUUCACCACAUUAUCAUGCGAUGUAUUACCUAUCAUAUGUGACGCAAGAAAAAUUGUGGACAAACCAAGAAAAAUUAGAUGCAUUACAGGAAAUCAAAUGUGAAGAUAUAGUAGUAUUUUAUCCCGAAUUAUUGAGCCAAUUACAUAUUGAAUCAUUAAUCCAUGGGAAUAUUUUUAAAGAUGAUGCGAUUUUAAUGCUUCAGAAAGUUGAGGAAAUCCUUCAACCAAAAGCUCUCCAACCGUCACAAAUAGUUGGCCAAAGAUCUGUUUUGAUUCCAUCGGGAAAAAGUUAUAUUCAUCAACGAGAUGUUUUUGAUUCAAAUGAAGUUAAUUCCGCCAUUGAAUAUUAUAUUCAAGUUGGUGAUUUAUUGGAUAAAGAAUUAAGAUCUAAAUUAAGUUUAUUAUCUAAAAUUGCUUAUGAACCGUGUUUUGAUCAAUUAAGAACAAAGGAACAACUGGGAUAUAUCGUCUCGAGCGGAUUAAGAAAACGAGCGAGAUCUUUGGGAUUUAGGGUGAUAGUACAAAGCGUAAAGGAUACGAUUCAUUUAGAAAAUAGAAUUGAAUCCUUCUUGAUGAAAUUGCGGAGAGACAUCGAAGAGAUGCCCGAACAAGAAUAUCAACAUCAGGUUCAAGCAUUGAUUUCAAAAAAAUUGGAGAAACCCAAAAAGUUAUUUCAAGAAUCUAACAGAUAUUGGCCUCAAAUUCUUUCCGGAAAUUAUGAUUUCGAACAAGCUGAUACGGACGCAGAAGAAUUACGUAAAAUUACGAAACAAGAUCUCUUAGAAUUUUACGAUAAAUACAUUAAUCCAACUUCACAAUCUUACAAAAAGCUUUCGGUACAUUUAAGAUCACAAAAAACAUCGUCAAAGUCGCUUAAAAGACCGAUUGAUGUCAAUCAUCUUCAUAAAUGUUUAUCCUCACAUGGUCUCAUUACAAUAACAAUACAAGAUUUACAAUCUUUUGUUAAUUCUCAAACAACAUCGGAAUUGGAUGGACCCGAUCUAGAAAUUUUAUUAAAAAAUGUGCUGAUCGAUCAAACCAAAGCCGAUGAAAAUGAAAUCGAGGAAUUGGCGAAAAAGCUCAGUAACACCUAUCUAAAUUGUGACACAAGUAUCGUGGAAGAAGAG